AGCGGAUUUCGUAGUCAAUAGUGAGCGCUUGAAAUCGCUCAAUCAUUUUGUCGUUGAAUGUCGUCGGAUCAAAAGCAACAGCACGACGUUGUGCUUCCGCAGUUCCCUUUCCGAAAUUGUCCAAGUCAUCUUCAACCGACUGUCACACUUUGAGUCCCGAAAUGCUUGCCAAGGGAAAUGUGGAGCUUCUCGGGCAUCCAUCCGCAAAUGGUCAAUGGAGGCAACUGGACUCUUCUUCUUCGUUGGAGUUGCUUUUCCAGAAACCUUGAAAAAUCGCCUAGUAUUAGGCUCAAGAUUUGUUUGUCGACACCCACGCACAGUCCCGUGCGAGAAAGGCCAAGAAGCCCCCCCCCCCACCGGCCCCACAAAAACUAAGAGAAAACAAAAGCCUGCUAUUUGGGACCCCAUUAGGAAGAUUCCCCAUUCUGGACGUGUCGUUGAAAGAGACCAAUAUCAGCUGUCUGUCACGGCCCCCUAUUAGCCAGCAACAGCUAGUUAGGGGCCUCCGCAGUCGGGCCAAUGCCGGACGUUUGUCGGGCCCCCCUUCGGCUCGGGGCCCCCUGGGGCCCGGGGCGCCCGACCCGUCGAGACCGCGAGCCAACCACGCCCGCAGCAGGACAACUGCAAUUAGCCGGCGGGUGCCUGGCCCGGGUGGUGACGGUGUCUCCCGGCCCCUUGAUUCGCGUGGAGGGUCAGCCGGUUUCCAUCAGAUGCGACGUCAACGACUACAUGGGGCCUCGUGAGCAGGACUUUGAAUGGGUGAUGUCCAGGGAGGCCAACGGACAGCAGAUGAAAAUCAUCUCCACCUUUGAUGCCAGCUACUCGCACACGUCGCUCAGCAAGCGAGUGGCGUCCGGUGACAUCUCCGUCCUGCGUCUCCGCGACAACGCGGUGGAACUGAAGAUAGCCGAGGCCGAGACGCAAGACGCCGGCUUCUACUGGUGCCAAACGCCGAGCACCGACUCCGUCAUCGGUGGCAAUUACGAGGCCCAGGUCCAACUCAUCGUCAUCGCCAACACGCUGAAGGUGAGCCCUCAGACCCCGCCCGCUGUCGUCCCCGAGGGCAGCGACGUCACGCUCUCGUGCAACGUCACCCGGGAACUCACCCAGCCCACCUACCUGUCCGUCACCUGGUCGCUGAAGAAGGAAGGAGUAUCGGAGGAGAUUUUGACGUUCGGGCCUCAGGGCGACGUGCUCACAGGGGCCAAGUACGCCCGCCGCUACGCUGACGGCGCCAUCCGCUUGGCGCCCGGGAAGGGCGGAUUGUUCGAGUUGGUCAUUUCCAGAGUGACAACGUCCGACGAAGGCAUUUACGAGUGCAACGGAACUGAGUGGACCCACCAAAAUGGAGGGAAAUGGAUUCCAAUUGUGGGGAGCGUAAAGGAAAUGGGAACUGUUGCUGUUACUCCGACAGGUCAGUCCCUCAGCGUGAAGGCUUCUUCGUCGUCUUCGUCUUCCUCUGCACCCUCCGCGAACCCGCACCUGGCCCCCGGCGACAAACUAACGCUGCUUUGCGCCGUCGCCGCCGACAACUUGCCCUCGCUGUCCCUCGAAGUGUCUUGGCUGGCCGACGGCCGGGACCUCGUCACGAUGGAGCGCGGCGGAGUGGUGAUCUCCAACAUGUCUGCCGGCUCGGGGCGAGUAAAUCGCCGCGAGGCGAGCAUGGAGAGGACCGGGGCCGACGAGUACAGGCUGGCGGUCAGGCGGGUGAGCACGGAAGACGGAGGAGAGUACGCCUGCCGCGUUCGCGCCUUCAUCGAGAAAGGAGGCAAGAGCUCGGGAGGAGGAGGCCGCUGGCACAUGGCGGCGGAGAAGACGUCCAAUGCCGUGACGGUGAAGGUGUCGCAGAUCAAACCGAGCUUCACGCUGGAUAUUGAGACCAUCGCUCACCCCGAGAUGACCAGUGAACCGACAGAGUUGGCUUGUCGCGUGACCAAUAUUACACAGCUGCCCGUGGGAGGCCGACUGGGCGUUACGUGGGAGCACAUCGCGCUUCCUGGUGCUACCAGCGAACCUCAGGCUACGCAUUCUAUUGGCUCUAUGGACGGCUACGGCAACCUGGUGCCGGGUGCCGUGUAUUCCGACAGACUGGCGAGCGGCACGAUGUCCCUAACGAGAGUCCAACCAGACACUUUCAAACUGCGAUUCCUCCGCACUCAGGAGAUCGACAUGGGCCAGUACGUCUGCGCCGUCUCGGCGUGGAGCGUCGACAGCCGCGGUGACGUGGCGAAGACUGCCGAGCGCCGGAGCUCGCCGCUGACUCUGCGAUGGGAGGCCAAACGUCCUUCUCUGAACAUUGUGGCCAAACGCAUUCGUGAGGCUUCUGUGGGCGGGGCUACCUUUGAGAUGAGCUGCACAGCGGUAACCCAGAACCUCGGCCAAGCGGGGUUUUCGGUGCUCAUUCAAUCACAAGACAGCCUGGAAAGCAACGUGAGGACCAUCAUGACGCUCAGCCCUGACAGCAUCAUGCAGCACGGGGGGGCCACGGACCCCAACAGGAGAGACAGUCUGGUUUUGACGAAGUCCGGCCCAGCUGCGUUUCGGUUUCGCCUAGGGGGCGUCCAGUUGUCAGAUCGAGGUUUCUACUGGUGCGACAUCACCGCAUGGACGAAGCAACAACCCGGUCAAACGUGGACCAGAGCCAUGAGCGCGGAGUCCAACAAAGUCAAGAUCGACUUUCAAGAAAAUGGACCCUCUUUCUCAAUUGCCAUCCAUUCAGACACCAGUACUGUUUAUCCGUGGCAAACGGCCAAGAUGAAGUGUUCCCUCCGCGUCUCUGGAGCCUCACCAAUGACCGACCACCUGGCCUACGAGCUGCGUUGGUUUUUCACACGACUUCGCGGCGGACAGACGACAACUCAAGUAGCCGGCGUCGACCGCUUCGGUGUUGUCGGAAAAGAGUUUCGCAACUCGUCCAGUGAGGUUUCCGUCCAACGUGAGGACACGCACGCGUACACGUUGAGCGUCCACGGCGCCCACGACAGCGACAGCGGGGAGUACCACUGUGUGGCCACUCCCUGGUACCUGUCGGCCUCCACGGGAGCCUGGACCCAAGCCGGGGAGCUGACGUCACCCCGAAUCUUCCUGACAGUCCGAUUCGCCGUGUGGGAGUCCUUAAAGUUGCCCCUCUUGUACGGUGUUUCAGCAUCGAUAGGUGUGGGCCUCUUCUCGCUGGUCCUGGGCCUGGUUUGCGCCCAGUGCUGCUGCCGCAACGCCGGGCACACUCCGCGCUCGCGCAACAAGUUGAUGGACCUGGAGAUAGACUGACAAAUAGUUUCCCCUGCGCCCUCGCACCGCAGCGCUCCCAGGAACGCGCACACGCACGGCAGACGCGCUCCCGUCGACAACUUGUGGGACACCCGAGGACGUUGGGAGUAAAACGGGUGGCGAACUGAAGCCAGCCCAGUGCUUCCCGCGCUACUCUCAACCAUUUCAGCUCUGCGGCGGAGGAGUGGGGAUACUUUUUUUCUCCUUUUCUUUCUUUUUUUUAAAAACUUUUACAGGCACAGGAGAUUUCACUGCCAUGCGGGAAUAAAGGAGCACUUCUGUAGCGAACACUAACAAAUGAAGGGCUCAGGCUGCCCCCGUGCCAACGAGAGCCACGUUUGAAUGCGUUAGUUGGCCUUCGGGUUCGCAAGUGGAAGCGAUCGCCGCCGAUCGGCGGGGCUGUCCGCUCGGCCUGAGCCUCGUUUCUGCGGCACGGACGGCAGAAGGUCGGAGGCAUUGCGCUACCAACCCUGAGUGUUCCUACCUUAACAAAUGGACGACAACUACCUUUCAUUCUCAGCUCUAGUUUUUGGAAAAUUAAGAGAUUUUAAAGUUGUACAGAUUUUUAUGCUUCCCAAGGAGACCUGCAGUGUGUGUGUGUUUGCGUGUGUGCGCAAUGUCACUUCCGGAGAAAUGUUUUGUGCGGGUGUGCAUGUUGUGUUUUCUAGCACUGAGUGAGCAGCAGGAGAUGUUUUCAGGGUUACAACAAAUGCUCCCAAAAGUUGCUGUCACUCCACUAAUGUAGUCAUUCCCCCCCCCCCCCCCGCCCCCCACACACACACGCACACACACAAUGAAAUGUCGCCCCCGUUCACAUUAUUUCCUUUUUCUAACAACGAACGUGUCGUCCAUCUUUGCCGUGUGGAAGAGAAGCAAGACAAAUUUGCCAUAUUUGAAGACCUCGUUGAAGGUUUUUUUUUUUUUUUUUUUGGGGUGCCUUGAGAUGCGACUUUAAUUCAUUCCGUGACCACGUGCAUAACUCAAAACACUUAUCUAAAAUCGUCUUUUGCCAUUGAAAUUAAUAGAGAAGCCAAUAUUAAUGCCAUUAAUCCGUUCCAGCUAACCUCCCGCCCAAAGACAACCACCAAUUUUUUGGUAAUGUUUAUUUUAUUUUAAUAAUACAGAACUGUAAAAACACAGGUAGAUAGAAUGUGAAGGCUUCAUUCACACUGCAGCUCAAUUCCGAUUCCCCCCCCCAAUGUGACAUAUCCGAUUUUUUCCGUGUCAAUGUGAACAGUACGAUACAGGCGUCUUUCGUAUGUGGAGAUAAAUUGAAUGUGUGUCCGAUACAAGUGCAGUCUGGACGCGCAGUGGUCGCGCUCUUCCGACGUAUACGUUAUUAAAAGUUAAAAUUGAUCGAACGCGCCACAAAAGCAAACGGAGGACGAAGGAGCAGAAAACAGUCAUUGGCCAAAAGAAGAUGCUUUGCAACUGAUAAAUGAAAGAAAAUGGUGGCCUUGGUUGCACAAAAUCACAUUUGUUUUUGGAAUGUGAAGGACUACAUAAAACGAUUGGCUUUAACAAAGAAUCCAAAUCGGGCACCCUGCCUGCGGUGUGAACGUAGCCUCAGUAAACGUCAGUAAUAUGUUUUUCUUUUUGCAGAGGAUAAAGAAUAUAUGCCUGUCAGUCUUGUUAUAUUGUCUACCUAUGUGUUGCUCCACAGUUUGUGUUCAAGUAUCCAUUGCUUAAAGCUUUAUAACAUAGAUGCUAUUUCUUGGCCCGUCUAUGGCAUUUCCUGUUAAGCGAUAGCAUUAAGCUAGCAGACGUUAUACGGUGGUUCUAAAUACCCAACAUGUAAUCCUCUUUUGAAAAGUCCAAGUGGGCGUGGCAAAUGCCUCUUUUUCAAGAUUUGGCAAACUGCUGCUCGUCGUCACGUGAGCAACGUUGCGUUCACUGCCGCCGCACGGCACCCGUAUUUCAGGUCAAAGUAAAAAGGAAAAAAAAAAAAAACAAUACCCGAACGUCAGCUCGUAUCUGGAAAAGCCGGCGAGUCGGCUCUCUCGUGUGUCGAGGCUCGACCGUCGUUGGCUGGCGUCAGGAUGGCACAAAUGGAACCGGGUCGAUUUUUGGUCCUCGCGACGGACUUUCGAGCUGCAAAAAUAGUCCGUCAACUUGGACGAGCAAUAUCGUGUGCUGGUGAAUGAUUUCUCACCUCAGGGCCUGAUCGUGAAAACGUCGCUCCACGAUUCAAAUCGAGCACGCCGUGCGACGGCUUUACUUCCCGCGCACUCGUGUUGCAAUACAUUCAGAGCUUCUGUGCCAAUUGUCAACUUUAGCAAAUGUCACUGGCAGACUUCCUUCUUUUCAUGUUGUGUCAUGUGAUUGCAAUGUGUAUUUUUGAAUGGCUGGAUUUGUAAAAUGCUGAUUUGAAUUUCUAUGUUUAACGCCCGUUUAGUCCAACACUGAGUUGUAAUAAAAGUGGCGUUCUCUCUUG